AGGGUCCCUUUAUCCUGCUUCUUGCACUGAUUGUUGCAAAUACUGUAGAAGGAAAACCAAGGCAAUCAUCACCAAGGAAAUUCAAGGGUAUGCCGCAUCAUGAAGCUCCAAACUGUGAUGAACAAUUUCAAUGCGGCAGGGGUCAUCCCAUGGGCUACCCAGAGUGCGUGCCUGCAAGCGCCGUUUGUAACGGAUUUCCGGAUUGCUCGAAUGGCGCCGACGAGAGGGGAUGCCCGAACCCUAAUUGUGGGUCACGUGGAAUGAUGACGUGCAACGACAGACGAACCUGUGGGAAACCAUGCGACGGCAAUACGCAGUGUCAAGGAUUGGAGGACGAAAUCAUGUGCCCAAAGAUUUGCCCGAAAAGGAGUCUUCUGUGCGGAGACGGCAAGACGUGCGUUGACUUGGAUCGGAUGUGCGAUGGACAUGAUGAUUGCCCUUCUGGCGACGAUGAAAACAAGAAGAUUUGCGUGAAGACCAGUGGGCUCAUGGAUGGACAAAUCCGUUGCUCAAAUGGCAACGUUGCCAACGUUUGCGAUGGUGACCGACAAUGCCCAGGCGGUGCGGACGAGCAAAAUUGCAGUCCUGAACUAACCCAGAAAAUCGGUUUGUGCUUGUGUCAGGAAAUCUGCCAGCUUGGUAUGUCCGUUCAAUUUUGCGAUGACUUCUGCGGUGAUUUAAGUCUUCUCCCAACGAUUACACAAUGUUUCUAACUUAACCUUCCAGUGUCAAGUAUAAUUACAGGACAUGUA